GCUGGAGGGGCAACUUUCUCUUUGUUAGUAUGUGAAAAAGGCCCUGUUGUAAAUUAUCAAAAAAACAGCAUUUGGUACUGACAGUGUUUCAACUGAAAAUGUUGGUAGUGAAAAUUUUUUAUUUUUUAUGGACAAUUUUUCUUAACAUUGUACAUACAAUAUGCAAUGACGUUAGCUUUAUGCAUUGAAGUUAUGUUGCACUUUGUGCAUCACGUGGUUGCAUCAGGUCACUCAUAGAAAAUAGCUUUGUUUAUACAUUUUAAUGAAGAAGUUACUCGUACUAGAAUUUUUACUUUUCCCACUACAUGUUGGGUAUAAACUUUUCUAUUUUAGGUUCUCCAAAUGUUCUAUGUGACGUGCAGAAUACAGUUGCGAUUUGAACUCCUGCAAUGUAAGAAACUUUUGUGUCUAACAAUGAUUUAAUCCAGUCAUGACAAGAAGCAUAUAGAGAUCUGUAGUGAUAGGAUAAUCGCCGUCGACUCCUGCUAACGGCGUACACUUUCUUUUUUAUAAAAAUGUCAUAAACUUUCCAGCCUCGAUUUUCUUAAAAUUUUUUAGCUUUGAGCCUGAGUAUAUUCUUAAAUAAAAUAUUCUUAUUUCUUGAAAAUCUGAUUUCUUGAAUAAAAACCCCGCUCUUCGAGAAACGUGAUAUGUCUGUUUUGCAAAUUCCUUUUAUGAAAUCCGCAAAAUAGGCAACUGCCAAAAAAUGAGAUACAAAUAUGCAAGCUGGAGCCAGGGGUGUAGAGCUGAUGGCUAAGGGGGUUGAGCUCUCUUGUUGAUGCCAAAAUUGGUAAAUUUCUACUUUUGCCAUUAUUUUUCGCAAUUUUUUGUGCAAGAACCCCUUUGUUAUUUUGAUAGCACUACACCACUGGCUGGAGCUAGGCAGUAAUCUUGAAAUAUUCUUGAAAUUGGAUGAUUCCGUGCUCGAAUAUUUUUACAAACAAUAUUUGUAUAGAAAAUUAGUCUAGGCCCCAACUACAGGAGGGUCAUCAACCUUUAAAAAUGAAACGAGCCUCUUUUCUUUGCACCUGUCACAAAUAUAAGGUCCAUGAACAGUUUCGCUCGCCCCAGGUCCAUUUUGCGCGGGAAAUUGGAAAGUUGAAAUGGCGUCAGCAAGUCUAAACGAGCGGUCUCUCCUCAAGAAGAAACCAAAUAAAAGGAGACGAAAAAGAACAAAGUGCCAGAGUUAUAUCAAAAUUUCAGGUUUUGUAAAAUGGCAAUGGAGAAUGAUUCUUCACCUGAUAAUGAAGAUGAAUGCAUGAAAAAGCGAUACAGCAGGAAGUCAUUUGAAGUAAGGCAGAAGCAAUCAUUAUUGUCGGAUAGUGAUGAUGAUAACAAGGAGGACUCUGAACACUGCAUUAUUGGUGAAAAGAGAUCAAUUGGACGAUCACAGUGGGUGCAGUGUGACAAUCCUGAGUGCCAAAAAUGGAGAAGAAUUGAUUAUGUAAUUGAUAUAGAUGAGGUAGAAAAUGAAAAGUGGGUUUGUGAAAUGAAUAAAGAUGAAAAGAAAUCUGCCUGUGAAGCGUCUCAAGAAACCAUAGGAACAGAAGAUGAAGAUGAUCCUUGCACCACUGAUCACGAACCAGGCAUGGUGCUUUGGGGAAAGGUGCCAGGAUAUCCAUGGUGGCCUUGUAUGGUUGACAAUGACCCCGAUAUUGAAACGUUUUAUUGGAAUGAAGCUGAUGAGUCUUCAAGCGAACAAAAAACAUCGAUACAUGUCACGUUUUUUGGAAAGCAGUGCACCAGGGCUUGGUUAUAUCCGCAUUCCUUGAGAGAUUUUUCUGGGAAAGAAAACAUAAAGGACAUGGGCAGUAUGAAAUUUCGAGGAACAAAUUUCAAAAAUGAUGUAACGGAUGCCUUUAACGAUGCAAAGCAAUCUCUUACGCUUUCUGUCAAGGAAAGAAUAUCGAAGUAUGGCUUUACAAUCAGAUAUGAUGGGAAGGAAUACGCUGGAAACCCAGAAGAGAAAAGCGAAGAACCAAGGAAGAGCAUUAUAUCAAAGAGGAAAACCAUGAAGCAACAUAUGAAGAGAACUGGUGACAAGGAGACUGGGGACAAGGGGACUGGGAACAAGGGAACUGGGAACAAGGAAACUGGGAAUAAGAAAACUAGAAAUAAGGAGGCUGGGAACACGGAGAAGAAAAGCAAGAAGCAAAAAAGAGAUUUAUCCAAAAAGCAGAAAAGUAGUGGAAACAAUGAAACUGACAAGCUGGAAAUGUGUAAACAUCGAGGUAUAGCCAAGCUGUCAAAGACCCAAGAAAGAAUCAAGAAAAAAUUGAAAGGUUUAAAAAAUCUGAAAAUGAAAGAUAGGUGCCCCAGAUCUGUUGGGCAUACUAAACAGGAUGCGGAUAGGGCUACCAAUGAAACUGAAGUUGUUCCAGAUGUUUAUACGGAAUCAGAUGACGGAAAUGUACAGUAUGAGGAAUCAUGUCCUGUUACGCUGCCCAAAAGUCCUAAAAAAUACAGAAAUAGUGGCCUUUUAGAUUUUUGCAAUGAAGGGGAUUCAAUGACUGGUGAACAAAGAGAUAGAGGGCUGAUGAAAUCGGUGGAAAUACGAGAAGAAAUACGAGAAGAGCAGUCAAAGGCCUCGCCAGCUAAAAGGAAGACAGAGUCGUGGCAGCUUACCAGAGAGGAGAUAAAUUCGGUACCUUCGCUAGUUAAGCCAACCUUGGUGCCAAUCGAUGAAAAAUUGAUAUCAGAACGCGCUGAAAAGAUGAUGAAAAAAGCAAAGAAGAAUCUGAAGAAUGGAGACAACAUUGACCUGGGAGACGAAGCAAGCUCUAAGGAGGAUUCACAAGAGACCGAUGAUUGUCAGAGUAAAAAGGCUGCCAAGAAACCGGCAAGCAAAGGAAGUGGAAGAAAACAGAGCAGUGGGAAGCAAGCAAAAGCGAAGCCUGUAGUGGUUGCUGAAGAGCAUGAAGAGAAGUUAGAUCAUUUAGCAAAGACUGAUAAGCAAGAUUUGAUUGAAUGUCAAAAAGAUGUUAAAGCCAAAGCUAGAGUGCAAUUAAAAACCCAAAGAAGAAGAAGCAGACGAAAGAAAAAAAGAAAGAUCGUCCUAUUAAAAAGCAUAGCAAGGAUGACGAGAAAUCGAAUGAUGAAGCUGCCAAACUAGU